GCUCGCGGUGAGCGUGUCGCUGUCUCGCGGUCGCGCGGAGUCAACACUGUGCGGACAGUUUGGAGCUGACUGACAGUUUGUGGUCGAAGUUGUUUGGAGCCGUCUUCUCCUCUGUGUGUCGGUAUGUGACCGUGUGACUUUCUGCCCGGUACCGGUAGCUGGCUCCGAAACCACUGAAAAUAAAAAGAUGGAUCCGCACGUUGAUCUUCAGCAAACAGAUAACAGCGCUCCAGAGGAGGCAACAGAUCCUCCCCCGAAGAUGACGAGACAGCAUAUUCUCACCUUAGUGUCAAUCGCAUCUGUCAACUUCAGUUCAAUGAUCUGCUACUCAAUAUUAGGCCCGUUUUUCCCCAAUGAGGCAGUGAAGAAGGGAGCCAGUCAGACUAUCAUUGGUCUCAUAUUUGGCUGCUAUGCUAUCUUCAAUUUAAUUGGUUCGUUGAUACUGGGAAAAUAUAUCACCCAAAUAGGUGCAAAGUUUAUGCUGGUGAUGGGGCUAUUUGUGUCGUCAGGCUGCACCAUUCUGUUUGGAUUACUCAACCGGGUUCCCGCCGGACAGCCUUUCAUUGUUCUGUGCUUCAUCGUGAGGUCCAUCGACGCAGUGGGCUUCGCGGCUGCGAUGAACUCCUCAUUUGCCAUAGCAGCAAAAGUAUUCCCAAACAAUCUGGCAACUGUUAUGGGCAGCUUGGAGCUUUUCACAGGACUUGGUCUUAUUCUGGGUCCACCGGUCGGAGGGUGGUUCUACCAGUCAUUUGGAUAUGAAGUCCCAUUUAUGAUUCUUGGAUGUUUCCUGCUUAUCAUGGUUCCUUUCAACAUAUACGUCUUGCCGUCCAUCGAGGCAAAUCCCUCGAAGGACUCAUUCUUCCGUCUUCUCACCAACGUGAAAAUAGUCCUGCUCUGCUACAUGACAUUCACCCUUAGUGCGGGUCUGGCCUUCUUGGAUGCCACGCUGUCCCUGUUUGCUAUGGAGACGUUUGGUCUCUCAGCUGGCUACGUGGGAAUCAUCAUGCUUGGUUUGUCUUUACCGUACUGCCUGGGGUCCCCGCUGCUCGGGUUCGUUACUGAUAAAUAUCCCUCCAUCAGGAGCUGGUUCAUGGUGAUCGGAGGAAUCGCCACGGGGACUGGCUUCUGCAUGCUUGGUCCCGUCCCUUUCCUUCACAUCCCGAGUCAGCUGUGGCUGAUGAUCCUCAUGCUUGCUGUAAUUGGGUUUUCUCUGGGCAUGACUGCAAUCCCGACAUUCCCUGAGAUCAUCACAUGUGCAUAUGAGCAAGGAUACGAAGAGGGACUGAGCACUCUUGGAAUGGUGUCUGGACUGUUCGGGGCAGUUUGGUCCAUGGGGAUGUUUUAUGGCCCAGUGGUGGGGGGUGUUAUCACGCAGCAUCUGAGCUUCAGGUGGGCAGCUGCAGUCCAGGGCAGCCUGCCGUUUCUUGGUGCCUUUCUCCUGGCUGUGUGCUAUCUCUAUCAACGCUCAGGACAACAAAGCGUUCGAGAAAGAAGUCCGCAAACGGAUGAAAGCACUCCUCUCCUGAUUGAGUGAAGCCUCAGCAACACGUGGAAGGACGCCGCAGAGCACAGGACAGGAUCUCAGUGUUUCCAGCCUCCAAGUUACACAAGUUUUUUAAAUUGUUAAUUGCCUUUUAAUAUGUUUGAAUGAUACAUUUUUUGGAUGUUUGGGUUGGUUUGGAGAAAAUGAUUUUUACUUGAGUCGUGGCAACAUUUUUUUUGCUUGUAUUUUCAUGUGAUCAGAUUAUGUUUUUAUCAAUGUUUUAGUGUUCUUAGUGGGUACUACCUGACGACCUGAACACAAAGCAGGACAGCUGCGUUGCUGAUUUUAAAUAGGUACAUUAGGAUUUAAAUAGAUUGUGUCAUACUGUGCAGCAACUCUCAGGUUGCAGUUUUGAUGAAUGUAACAUGAAUGACUAUAGUCAACCACUGGAAAUCAAAGUCCAGAUCCCAAACUAAAUGUGCCUUUUGUUCUGCUGUAUUAACAAUCUCAUUUUUCUACAUCACAUGAGUUGGAUUUCAUGUUGACGUGUCACACGUUGAAGCUGCCGACCGCACUCACAGUAACAUGAAGGAAAUAAGCAUGUUAAGCGGUACGUUUGUAUAGUUCAUAGCAAACCUCUUAUAUAGUAUAAUUCAGUUUAGCCAAGAACGAGUCACAUUUCACUGUGGUUGAUCUUUCUCUUUUCUGAACAAGAUUUUUGCUCUGACAGUAAAUAUAUAGCAUAAAGCACUUAAUUAACUCUGUCCAUAUUCAAGUGCACUGCCUCCAUUUUAUUUGACAGACUAAACUAAUCCAAUGAAACAUCGGCUAUAUUCUCAGAUAAUUUCCAUGUGUUUCACACUAAAAACUAAUCAAUCAAUAAUCCUGGAAGGAGACUUAAAUGUCCACAAGUUAGAUACACAAUCAUCAAGCCAAUGCUAAUGAAUGUCAGACAUAAAUGUUAUUGUACAGGUAAUUCCACUUGAUUGGCUCAAAUAAUUAUUUUAAAUAAUUUUUAAUUAUAGUAGAAUUUGCAAUGAGCAGAAUACUUUUAUCAUCAUAUUAGCAUCGUUUCACAAAUAGCCCAUAAUAGUGCAUCAAUUACAUCAAAAGUGUGACUUGCAUUUGAUUAAUAAAAACACUUUACAAAACAUUUGAAAAAAAACUUUUAAUCUGUUAGAGGCUAAUAGAACUACAAUAUUACAGAAAUGUUUCCUAUAUCAUCUGUAAAAAUGUACACAAUGUUCAGUUUAUGCUUAGGUCAAUAAAUAUGUAAAACAACGUAAACCCCUGGAUUUGUACAGUUCUU